AUGUCUACGGACCACGACGCGAUUGCUAGUUUAUGUUCACUUCGCUUUUUUGGAGCAAAUAACCAAGUUCCCACUUUUAACGUGAUGGACAACUUUUAUGCUCAACUUACUCCUAUGAAAUUUCCUUCUGCUAAAGAAGCCGCCUCAUUUUGUAGGCAGUUGGCACGAGAGUAUGGAUUUACAGUAAAACAGGAAACUAGUUCUAAUAAGAAUGUAUACGUGUACUGUUCUCGUGAAGGUAUUUCUGAAAGUGUGAAAAUUGGUAGAGAGACAAAAAGAAAACGAGCAUCCCUUCGUUGUGAUUGUAAAUGGAGAGUAGUCCUAUUUAGAAAUGAACAAGGUAAUCAAUGGGAAUUUCGAAAGUCGGUAAACCCGCAGCAUUCGGAACAUAAUCAUGACCUGAUCCCCCCGGAACAUAUUCCCGAACCAUGGCCUCCAAAUGUUCUGCAACGAAUUGCUGAUCUUGCAAAUUCUGGACUAUCAACUGGAGACAUAAGAAAUACGAUGCAAAUGGAAUUUCCGAAUUUAUUAUGGGAUGAAAGGAGGUUUUAUAAUCGUCUGGCUGAAGAAAGGAAAAAAUUGAAAAUAAGAGACACUGAACAACGCGUCAUUGAUACAAUAGUCCUGGCGGCUCAGCUUGCCUCUUUGGCGUGUUCAAAUAAAGAAUAUACAGAUAAAGUUCACACUGUUCUUCACAAGGCAUUUGAAGAUAUCUGCAGAUGUGCUAAAAUUGAUCCAUCAUCUGUCUUUAACGACAAUUUAUCGACAUAUGGUGAUAUGACAGUAAUUACGCCAUCUAUGUCAUCAAGUGCAGAUAUCAUAUGUACUUACCCAGCAGGAAUAAUAACUGUUAAAAAUAUUCCUGGGCAAAAAGGAAGACCUUCAAAAAAGAAUUUGCAUCAAUUACCACCUAACCAGUCAAUCCCACCACAGUCUCAAUGUCAGCUCGAUCAAAUAAAUAAUAUACCACCUCAAAAUAUAUUGACACCACCCAAUGAACAUUCACCACAAUUAACACAACAACAAAUUAAUUUGUCCUUACACCCACAAAAUGA